CAGAGAACGCGCGUAAUUCGAUAACAACACCAGAUUAUCUCAUUAGUAUUACUAACACAAAUGUAGGCGUUCAAACCCGACGAAGUUGCUAAUUCUUUCUACCUUCCACACACGGACACACAGACACACACACACAGACACACACACACACACACACACACACACACAAAAGAACGACAGAAAAAAUUAAUACAAGAAUUGUCUUGCACAAUGAUCGACUUCAAUGCUGCUAGGUUAUCGGAUUCGGACAAUGGCAGCAACAAUAGGAGUGUCCAUUGCUAGACCUAGUGUGAGAAUUUGUCACGCGAGGAAAGAUUGAUGAACGGACAAAGUAGUUCCUUUGAAAGCUGCUUUUAAAAUGUAAUCUUGUUCUGUACCUUGCUGCAGGUUUUAGACUAUGUGCGUUUAUAUGUAGUUGCGUUCCGUGUUUAACACAAUUUCACCUCUUAAAAGUAUAUAACACGAGGUGGCUGUGUUAAUCGCUUAAGCCCCGUUGCGGAUUGAUUUACGCUUAAUUGUCUCUGUGUCGGCCUCAUGAAAACUUUAACCAAUCGCCUCGCAGAUAGCACACAACAUAUUAGCUAACUCUACUUUGUUAGUUGAGAAGUUGCGAGAACAAAUUUUAAGCCUUACGUGUAAUUUCCCAAUGAAUCGCCGUGUAUGAUGUUUUGACAAUGUCGAUGUCUGGUGCUAUUAGUAACUAUUUUGUCGAUUCUCUUAUAAGUCACGAUAGCGAAACGACAGCUACGACAAAGUUAACUUCGGGACAAUAUAUAGUCUCCAGACAGCCGGGGCUCAGCGAACGCCCCGAGUUCCCUGCGUGUAAUUUUCAGACAAAAUCGCCCGCGUUCGGCACCUCCUGGACCCCGGUGUACCCUCAGCCCGCUGCCAGCGUGUCCGCUCUGUGUCAUCCUUAUGUCCAGUCUCAUCCCGUCCCGCCUGAGAGCAGGUAUGUCCGGUCCUGGCUGGACCCGAGCUCCCGAGUCCCGGCGGUCCCGGGGAUACCUUCCAGCGCGCACGACUCGUUGAAAACGGAGCCCGCCGCGGGUCACGGCGGCCAGACCUUACCAGCUGCACUCCAGAAGUUGCAGGGACAAUCCUUGGAAAGGGAAGUCAUGAACUCUGGGAAAACGCCAUGCUAUGAAGACGGCUUAUAUGACGGGAAGGGAGACAAAGGUGCUUCCGAGCAAAAAAACCCUUCCGCAAAUUGGCUGCACGCUCGCUCGACCAGGAAGAGAAGGUGCCCUUACACUAAGUACCAGACCCUGGAACUGGAGAAGGAAUUUCUGUUCAACAUGUACCUCACCAGAGAGCGGAGACACGAAGUGGCGCACCUUCUCAACCUAACUGAGAGACAAGUGAAAAUCUGGUUUCAGAACAGGCGGAUGAAGAUGAAGAGACUCAGUAAGGAGCAUGUGAAGGAGUUCGAAUGACGAGCUGCUCAGUCCAAACUUCAGCGCGUAGCCGGUUACUGUUUCCACUGCAAUAUACCCGUAAAACCCUACACUUACUUCAGCCGAUCAGCCCUACCGGGGCAUGGGCCGCCGAGGGUCCUCUCUCCUGGGCCAGACUUUCCAGUUGUCCCCUAGGUGCAGCCCAAUCCCCUCCCAGAGGUGAGGUCUUUGAAGCCUCUGUUGGCGAUUUCUGUACCUCUGGGUUUUUGCUUUGCGGGACGGGGUUGGCGAGUCCCGCGGCCAGCCCUCUUCCUUUCGCAGUCGGGCUUGGGACCCUCGGUGGCGGAGUGGUAAAGUCCAGAGAAAAUCCGCCAUCCGUCCACAACAAAGGAUAGCCCGAAUGCCAAGGGUCUUAUUUCGAAGAUUUUAGUGCAUUCGUUCACGAAAUAGAGAGUCACGUGUAAGAGAUUUUAUUGCGGGAUAUUAAGGAAUACGACUUCCUCUCACUCUCACUCCAUUCUGUUACUGAAAGAGAGAGAGGGAGAGAGAGAGCAGCGCGCUUUUAUUCCUUCUCCGUUCUCUUGUCUUGAGGGUUUUUAAAGAAACUUUGAGUUGUUUAUAAAUUAUUAAAAUUUCUGUGAUUCUUUCGGUAAUGGUCGUGGUGCCUCACCGAGCUCCAGAGCAAGAUUAUUGAGAGAAAACGUCUUUAAACUACUGUUGAUUUCUUUAAAAAUAUAUCUCUAUAUAUAUCUCUGUAUUAAUCCUUUACUGUUUUGACACGGCUUACUUCCAGUUGUUUACAAACACGGAGUAUGUCUAGGAUACAUGGUUCAACGUUUCAAAUCGUUUUUUUUUCGUUAGUGUUCCUCCACCCCCCCCCCCAUCACGUUGGUUUGAGGAUAUGCACUCUGAUAUGGAAAUGUGAUCACUAUUUAAGCAGUUUGAGUAUUGUAACUGCAGUUUGUGGACCUUUUACUCCGCGCGCUUGCCUGAGUUUGGCCUUGUUGUGUUUUUAUAUUUUUUAAAAAAAUAUAUAUAUGCAGAAUCCAGAAGCCCGGAUUUUUAAAACGAGUAGUCGCCGCUCUCCGGUGCCUGCCCCGCUUUGUUUGGGUAACUUUAACCACGUGGCUUUCAAACUAACGGUAAGCCAGAUGAACACGGCGGGGGAGAAACGCUAACGAGUUAUAAUGUAGGAUUUCGUAACGUUUCAGGAGCAGAA